AUGGCGAGAAAAAAAAGUUUUUCUGUUUUUCCAUUUUAUCUUUUUGAUGAAAACCGAAAAAAAAAAUUCCAUUAUAUAUCAUUUAAAUUACUUUGUUUAAGUUUAUAUAUCGUUGUAUUUUAUUAUGUAUUUGUAAAUACAUCUUUAGAAAACAAGGGCUUACAAAUUGUUAAUAUUAGCAAUGUAUGUGAACGCAAUUUAGGUGAAGCACAAACAAAAAAUGAGGGACCAAAAUGGAAAAGAUAUUUAAAAUAUAAAAAAGAAGAUGUAAAUAAAACAAAGCACAAUACAAAUAAUAUGAAAUGUAAUGAACAAAAAGUAGAGGGAAAUAAACAUAGUACUAAUAAUGAUAUGAAAAAUACUAAUGUGGAAAAAAAAAGUAAUAGUUCUACAAAUAACAUAAAUUAUAAUGAUAUGUCAAAGAAUUUAACGGAAAAGGAAUUGUAUGAUGUAUUAAAUUCAUUAAAAGAAUGUCCGCCCAAAGAAGAUCUUAGAAAUAUAUGGAAUCACACAAUGGGUGUUGCAAAAGAAGAUUUGGAUAAUCUAUUAAAAGAGUCAAAGGCAUCAAUACAAAAAUAUUUAGAUAAUGAUAUUCUGAAAAAUACUGAAAGAUAUGGUAUUAAAUACUUUGUAUAUGAUGAAAUGUGGAAUUUAUAUAUUUCCAAAUUUUCUAAAGAAGUAGCAAAUGAAGAAGUAGAAUACACUAAAAACUUUUAUAACUUAAUUAAUGGUAAACAUACAAUUGAUGAUAUAUUAAAAUUUAUUUAUUCAUUCUUAGAACAUUUUAAGACUAUAAUAAAUGAAUUACAUAAAAAACAUCAUAAAGAUCUCUUAGAAACUGUUUCCAAACAUGUGAAUAAGAAAAAAUAA